AUGCUGGUGGUUGAGUUGUUUCGAUGCAUUAACUUCCCUUGUUUUGUGGAGGACUUUGAAGGUGCUCAUGCAGCUAUUGGGCCAAGUUCUUGGUUAUAUAAUGAAGGCUUGGUAGAGCGAAAGGCGUGGGUAGUUUUGGUGAGCACAAUAGGUGAGAGAGUUCUCGUCAUGGAGCAAGCUGUAUGCACCAUGGUGUCUUUGCUGCUGCACCUUUUGCAUGAGGAAGAGAUGGUGAUGUGA